GCUUAGGAGUACGCGUACGAUUACCCCGUUUAUUAAUCCCUCCAUAUAGUAAGAUGGAAGAAACCACAAAGUUUUUCCUCAAUUCCUUCAAAAAAAAACAACAGCAGCAUCAAUUUACGAACAAGUGAUUAUUUCAAUAAUGUCAAGUGAACCCAAAAGUGAACAGUGUUUUAGUAGAUAGUGCGAUGUGAGUAUCACUUUCCGCGUUUGCUUUGGAUUUGUUGACGAUCAGUUAGUGAUUGGAAAUAUUCUGAGACCACUCCUUUGUAUUGAGAAAGCAUCAGUGUUGCGGAAAAAUUAUUUUAGAACAAUUGAAGUAAAACAAUGGCACCCCCGGGUAUUGGUAGUUCAGUGGAAAAUCGUUCCGAGGCAGCAGUCAAAGAAAAGAACACUCCUGGACGUAACAAGGAUAUCGUCAUACUGGAUGGCGGUUUUGCUACACAAUUAAGUUGCCACGUACAACAACCGAUAGACGGUGAUGUUUUGUGGAGCGCCAGAUUUCUAGCCACCGAUCAAGAAGCCAUCAUCGAUAGUCAUCUAGAUUUCCUUAGAGCUGGUGCAGAGGUCAUAAUAACGAAUACUUAUCAAGCUGACGUACAGUUAUUCAUGAAACACUUAAACAUGACUGAGGGUGAUGCUUACAAUCUCAUAAAACAAGCUGUUCAAUUAGCACAAACAGCAGUUGAGAGGUUUUUGGAAGAAUAUCCAACAGCACGUAAACCAAUCAUAGCAGGCUCUGUCGGUCCAUACGGCGCAUCUCUCCAUGAUGGUUCAGAAUAUACUGGCACCUACGCCAAAUAUACGACAUGUGAUACCAUGAGAAAAUGGCAUAUACCCAGAAUGAAAGCACUCAUCGAAGGAGGCUGUGAUCUUCUUGCCAUUGAGACGAUUCCGUGCAAAGUUGAGGCGGAAAUGUUGAUGAAUUUAUUGAAAGAAGAGUUUCCUCAAGUGAGAGCAUGGUUAUCUUUCAGUGUUCGAGUAAGUGUAGUGGUGAAAAAAAUCACAUUAAAUUGAAUUUCAACCAAUUCUCAUUGAUAUUUCAAUGGCUCAAUA